AUGGCUUCUGGUCAGCCCAUCAAGAAAAGAGCUGUCGCUGGGACGUUCUUAUUCCGGUACCCUGAGGGCGACCCAACAAGAGCCGAGGUUGCACUAUUCCGGAGGAGUGGUAAAGUCCGUACUUACCAGCACAAGCUCGCUCCAAUCUCAGGGAGUGUUGAGGAGGAAGACGCCAACCCUCUAGCAACAGCCUUGCGAGAGAUCAAGGAGGAGACAACGCUCGAUCUCACUUCAAUUGAAUUACUACGAAAGGGCAAGCCGUACUCAUUCACCGAUGAUUCCAUUGGCCGGGAGUGGACGAUCAACCCCUUUGCAUUCCGGCUCAAAUCCAUCGAAGAGGGUGGCAAAGGGGAUGGUGGCAUUACCAUCGACUGGGAGCAUGAAGGAUGGGAAUGGUACGAUCCGUUCAAGAUCAACGACUCGGAGGAGUUUGGCGGUGUGCCGAAACUUCUGAAUAGCUUGCGCAGGGUAUGGCCAGAGUUCGACCUCGGAUCAGAUGCGGGGAAUGCCUUAACCGAAGGGAUUGAAUCACUCCGGAACGAUCACGAAAGCGGAGCGAGGCAGUUGGCCGCGAAAUCUGUGUUGAUUCUGAGAGAUGUCAUUUCAAAGACAGACUCUACUCAUUUAGACGAUGCCUGGAGGACGAAAAUACACAUGUCAGCUUGGCAUCUGUGGAAGAACGGUCGCGAAAGCAUGGGAGCUGCAAUCAUCAGCGCUUUGGUCACAGCCCUCGAUAUGGUCGAAUCUAUUGUCCAGGCUGGAGGCACAGACCAAGAAAAGCUGACAGCGGUUUUGAAGAUGCUUGAUGAGUAUCUUUCCCAGCGCGAAGGUGCGGUCAUACGUAUGCGCGAUUCAUUCGUCGACUACGUUAGGUCCAGCGUCCUGAGUAGUGAGAAACCACCCAAAUCACUCUCUAUACUCACUUUGUCGUCAAGUUCGACUAUCUCUAGUAGCCUCUUAGCAUCGGCCGCUGCACUAGACGUUGAUCUAGACCUCCGGAUACUAGAGUCACGACCUCUAUGCGAAGGGGUGACGAUGGCUGCAAAGCUGUUACAAGAGGCUGAUCUAAAUGAUCGCGUGAACGUCACACUAUACUCCGAUGCUUCCGCCGCUCUUGCUUCUCUGGAUGUGGACAUCCUCUUGUUUGGUGCGGAUCGGAUAAGCUCUGAGGGCGACGUCAGCAAUAAGACUGGAACUCUUCCUGCUGUCUUGAGCACACGCCAUGUUUCUCCCCAGGCAAGAGUAAUUGUUCUCAGCGAAACGGAAAAGAUUGCAGGACCGGGAGCGAUGGAUGAACACAUAGUCGAGGAGAACGACACUGCGGAGCUCACAAAUACUUGGAAACAGACCGUCAAAGGUGCCGAUGUUAUAGCCAGGCACGCUGCAGAGACAGAAAAGGCCCAACGAAGCGUCAGAGUGAAGAAUAUCUACUUUGAGUGGGUGCCCGCCCACUUGAUCAGUGCUUACAUUACGGACGAGGGACCUUGGUCCAUAAAUGAUAUAAGAAGCAAAUCUGAAUGGGUGGGGAAGGAGACGGUCAGGUUCUUUGACGGCUUGUGA